AUGGUGUUGAUGGAUUUGGAAUGGUGGUUUUCAAUUCCAAUUAGUGUUUCUUUUGGUUCAACAAUGUUUACCCUGUUGAGUUUAGUUGGAGGAUGGUUGAUUUAUCUGUAUGGGCCAUAUUGGAGAGUACGAAAGGUACCAGGCCCACCAUCACUUCCGCUGGUAGGACACCUUCACUUGUUAGCAAAGCAUGGUCCUGAUGUUUUCUCAAUACUUGCUAAGCAAUAUGGUCCAAUCUACAGAUUUCAUACGGGAAGACAACCACUAAUAAUAGUAGCAGAUGCAGAACUGUGUAAAGAAGUAGGAAUCAAAAAGUUCAAAGACAUUUCAAACAGAAGCACUCCUUCUCCCAUUAAAGCUUCUCCACUUCACCAAAAGGGUCUCUUCUUCACCAAGGAUUCACAAUGGUCUACAAUGAGGAACACCAUUUUGUCGCUAUAUCAACCGUCACAUCUAUCAAGAUUAGUGCCAACAAUGCAAUCAUUCAUAGAAUCUGCCACUCUAAAUCUUGACUCAGAAAAUGAAGAUGUUGUCUUUUCUAAUUUAUCGCUUAAACUCGCGACCGACGUGAUUGGACAAGCGGCGUUUGGUGUCAAUUUCGGUCUCUCUGAGCCUCAUUCCGUUUGCAACAAAAUCAAGAAUGUUGGUGAUAAUGAAGUAUCGGAUUUUAUCAAUCAACAUAUAUACUCGACAACUCAACUUAAGAUGGAUUUGUCGGGUUCGUUCUCAAUCAUUCUUGGUCUACUUAUUCCAAUUCUUCAGGAACCGUUUAGACAGGUUUUGAAGCGAAUACCGGGCACUAUGGACUGGAAAAUCGAGCGUACUAACAGAAAACUAGGCGGACGACUUGAUGAGAUUGUAGAGAAGCGAGUGAAAGAUAGAACGCGUAGUUCAAAGGAUUUCUUGUCGCUUAUACUAAAUGCCAGAGAAUCAAAAGCUGUUUCGGAGAAUGUGUUCACAUCUGAAUAUAUCAGUGCUGUUACUUAUGAACACUUGCUUGCUGGUUCUGCAACCACUUCCUUUACAUUGUCUUCUGUUGUCUAUCUGGUUGCUGCGCAUCCAGAAGUCGAGAAAAAGAUGCUUGAAGAGAUUGAUGGGUUUGGUUCAAUAGAUCAAAUACCAACUUCUCAAGAUCUUCAUGACAAGUUCCCUUAUCUUGAUCAGGUGAUCAAAGAGGCAAUGAGGAUUUACAUUGUAUCGCCGUUAGUUGCAAGAGAAACAUCAAAUGAAGUAGAAAUCGGAGGUUACCUUCUUCCAAAGGGGACAUGGGUUUGGUUAGCACUUGGAGUUCUAGCAAAAGAUCCAAAAAACUUUUCAGAGCCAGAAAAGUUUAAGCCAGAAAGGUUUGAUCCUAACUGUGAAGAAAUGAAGAGAAGGCACCCUUAUGCUUUCAUACCAUUCGGAAUUGGUCCUCGGGCUUGCAUCGGUCAGAAAUUUUCCCUACAAGAGAUUAAGCUUUCGCUCGUUCAUUUAUACAGAAAAUACUUGUUUCGGCAUUCACCCAACAUGGAAAGCCCUUUAGAACUCGAAUAUGGCAUAGUCCUUAACUUCAAGCAUGGUGUCAAGCUCAGAGUCGUAAAAAGAACAAUAUGGAGCUCCUAA